CAACACGGCCUACGUGUAUAUGAGAUGGACUCCUGCGAUGUGCUAUCUUCCACUGCACCAGCUCUUUACCUAUCGGACCGAUCAUUAGGCCCUACUCCUAACCAUUCAAUGAGUGAUGACGAACCGGCCGGGUUCCCCGUACCACGCCUCCUUCGAGACGCUCCGUGACUCCAUCUACCAAAGCCUCCUCCCCUUUGUCAAGCUCGACACUGAGCCCGACAAGCGCUUCUUCCCUGUCGAUACCGCCGAGAAGGUCCUGCAGCCGGACAAAUUAGAGGACCUGUUCAAAUUCGUGGUCCCCGAGGGACGGGCUGGGGUAGACCUCGUUCGAGCUGUCAAGGAACGAAAGCUGCACACGUUUCUCGCAAUUCUUCUCUACUCUCAGUGUAGGCUGGAAGCAUGGGUCCGAAUCACCGACGUCUUAAUCGCAGCACCCACAUGGCCUGUCGAGGGCAACAGCGGGCAGAACCUGGCCGAGCUGCCUCUACAACCCGGAACAUCCCGGGAGCUAUUUGGAGAGAAUCGCGUUGCGGCCGAUCUAUUCUGCAACAAUCAAGAAUAUUUCUGCGCCGUUGUGCUUCGGAAAAAAGAAGAAGUCGUAUGCCAAGGCCACCGUCGAGUACCAUACCUGGAAGAGGUAGAGAUAGGGAGUGGCGUCUAUGGCAAAGUAUACCGAGUACUGGUCGCCCGCCAUCAUUUCUAUGAUGCAAGACAGCAAAUGUCCAACCCCCAUAAGAAACAGCUGGCCCGGAAGGAUUUUGUGCUGGAUCUCCAGGACAAUGCCUAUGUCCGGGAGCGAGAUGUGCUGCGAGAAAUCGUUCGAAACGUUAAGCAGAACAGAAAUAUCGUGGAGAACAUGGGCAGCCUGGAGAUUGGUUCAACCUACUCACUCUUCAUGCCCUUGGCCAACGACGAUCUUGAGACAUACAUGGAGAAAGCACAGCCGCCAACGGAAUGGAAACAAAAGGCCAAGGUUGUUGGUUGCGCCGCUGGCAUUGCUGAUGCGAUCGCCUACCUCCACAGCGAAUUAGUAUCGGACACGUUCGAAACCUUGUCGUGUUUCCACAUGGACCUGAAGCCAAAAAACAUCCUCAUCUUCAUCGAUCCAACAACAGGCGAAGAGGAAUGGAAGCUGUCCGACUUCAACAUGUCGCGCGUAAGAGCAACACGUCGACCCACACACGACUUUGCUACAUUACAGCGCGGCUGGACGUUUAACACAGACAAUGUUCUCGAUUUCAACAAGCUAUUCAGGCGCCGAGCUCUAGAUGUCAGCGACCGAUCAAAUUCCGGCUCGAGCGUUGGUACCUCCAGAACAGGAACCUAUCUAGCCCCGGAAACCCGUAUCGACGGGCAUCCUAUUUUGGCCGAAAGUGAUAUCUGGUCAUUGGGCUGCGUUAUAAUAGUCGUCUUCUCGUUCCUAUAUGGCGGUGUCGCGGCUGUGAAGAAGUUCGACAGUAUGAGAUCUGUACAACCGAUCGACGCGUUCUACACCGUACCCCGCGGACGUCCGUUCCACAAAAUUAAUGACAUCAAAAUCAGCGAAGAAGUGGAAAGAUGGCUGAAAGAACUGCGUUCCCAGACAUGGCUGAAGGACGAAGAUGAGGGCUCAAUUUUUAAGGAAAUGAUUGCUUUUCUUCAGAGCAAGGUUCUCAUCAUUGAUCCCUUACAACGCAGGAAGACAACAGCGUUAGAAGUCAAGGAACAGCUGAUCACUUCGUUCAAGGCAUAUAACAAUUUGAAUACAGGGUUUGUCUCGCCUAAGAAUUCACGCUUCCGUACCAAGUUCAUCAGGUCUUCUCUCUUUCCAAAGCGAACCCGAACUGAAUCUGAAAUUCAUUCUCGAAACUGGGAGAUCGGGUUGCCCGACGCAGUCAAAUCAUGCGAGUUUGGACCCAAUGCGCAACCCCUCGUAUGUGUCUCAGAGACCACCCUCCGGGCGUACUCGCUCGAACAUGUUUGCCGUACGAAGGAGUUUGACAAUCUCAUCAAGUUUGGUAGCGUUAAUCUGAACAAGAAGAAUAAACGCUGGACCGGUAAUAUCGGAGUGUCCUCGCAAUACAUUGUAGCUGCGACAAAUAGUCAUAAGUUUGAAGUUUACGUUUACUACAUCUCUGAUGGUGCAUCGCAUACCACAGAGCUGAGCGAAGUCGCUCACGUCAUGCUUGAGAUGCCUCCGAUCGUGAAACUAGCCCUGUCACCAGACGACCGUUAUGUUGCGUUUCUUUUGCAAGAGCCAAACAGCGCGCAUGGGUCGCUUUAUAUUUUCCGGAUGGACCAACUGAGACUCUUGGAUGCAGAUAGGUCCUCGUCUGUAACGUCGUCGUCCUCUAGCUCAAGCUCCUUUUCGGGUGCUGCGCUUGGUCGCCAAGCUAGACCGCUAUCUACAGUUGCGCCUGCGGAAGACGUCCGUGAACUGAGGUUCUCGGUGUCGAACACCAUGUAUGCCGUAGUAAAACCCAAGCGAAACAACACUGCCGCCGAAUAUUUCAUGACGAUCCGGGCCUGGUACAUGGAAAAUGGGAUUUGGAAAGCGCAUAGACGGACUGAAAUAGAACACGAUGGCCGAGACGAUCUUCUCCAAGGGCUAUACACGUCUUUCACCCCACACAACUCUAAUAAUGUGUUCACAGUUUUGUCCCAAGAGAAAAGAGUGUUGACGAGAAAAGCCUGGGAGGAAGGCUCCACCAGUAUCACCCAAAGCAAGGCCAAAGGCCAUCGGCUUCUCAAGGUACUGUCGAGCCUCGAUGAUGAAACUAUCUACUGCUUCGGCACGAAUGAGGCGAAGAAUGACCUUCGAUUGCUGAGCUUCCCGCCUUGCCCUCCUAGAGAAGAAUUUACGAUACCCAAGGGUGCAAAACUGCCUGGCAUGACUCAUCAGAGCAAGUUCGCUGCGUCGCUGUACUAUCCCUCAGAUGCACAAGCAGCACCCCGGGCUUUGGUUGCAGAUAUCAAUGGUCGCACGAUUCGAAUUUUAGAAGUUCCGCUCAAUCCUGAUUGAAAUGAAA